UUCCAGCAGUUAUCACCUAAAACGGGGAUGUGAACGGGGAGUGCGUACAGACAGGAAAGAAGGAGGUAUAUGUAAACAGUAAUAUUUUAAAUCUGUAGCUAUAAUGUUACAAAUAUUGUCGGGAUCACAACAGUUCGGCAUACAGAUGUUACCAGUUGGGGAGAAAGAACCCGUUAAUCUGGUAUAAUAGUCUGAUGGCGGGGACAUCAUUGUGAUUUUUUUUUAUUGCGCUAUUUCCAUUUAACGUUAUGGAGCCUUGCGGCCAAACCAUGAGCAAUAUGAAGGAUACACCGACUAUCCGUCAACAGAGCUCGGAGAAUAACUCUGUCAGCAGUAGUGAAUGGGAUAUGGCAAAUGAUGUGUUUGUGUUCGGCUACGACGACAAUCCGAUGGGAGAUAGUGUUGCUGCUGGGGACAGGGACCCAGAGCAGCCCGGCAUGGACAGACACCUGCCGCUGCUUUCCCCGGAUGGCAUGAUGCUGGGCCUGACUGGAGAGGAAUACUCGGGCUCAUCAUAUCUGGACAUCGACCUAAACUACACCGAAAGUGACGGGAAUGUCACAACCAAGAAGCGCAUACGGUCCAAUAGCUCCAGGCACCGCGGUGAGGUAGUCACGGAGCUGGGACCAGAGGAGGUCCGGUGGUUUUACAAAGAGGACAAGCGGACAUGGAAGCCAUUCGUCGGACACGAUUCUUUAAAAAUCGAGAUCGUCCAUCGGAGAUUCAGUGAGCAGAACCCUGACAAGGUCAAACGUCCCGCCGUUCCAGCCGAGGCCGAGGGGAAGGAGGCAGCCAGGUCCGGCGAGAUCCAGCCGGAGAGCGGAGCCUUGGACAGUGGAAGUGUCCGGGCGGAGUUGGCGGGGCAGAGUGGCGGAGGGCAACGGCACUCGGUGUCAGAGGAGGUGAGGGACCCGGAGGAUAUCAACAUCAGCGUGGAGGCAGUGUGUGUCAGAGGGGGUCUCUAUGAAGUGGAUAUCAAGGAGAAGGAAUGCUACCCUGUUUACUGGAACCAGCAAGACCGUAUUCCUGUGAUGAGGGGGCAGUGGUUCAUUGAUGGAACGUGGCUUCCCCUGGAGGAGGACGAGAGUGACCUCAUCGAGAUAGAGCACCUCGCCCGUUUCCGGGGGCAACAGAUGAGGGACACCUACGAGAUGGAGGUGGUGACCACCACGGUGGACAUAAAGGACGCCAUCCACAGUCUGAAGCUGAGCAGGAGUCAUGUGGACUGGCACAGUGUGGACGAGGUGUACCUGUACAGCGAUGCCACCACCUCCAAGAUCGCACGCACUGUCACUCAGAAACUUGGCUUCUCUAAAGCCUCCAGCAGCGGGACGCGUCUCCAUCGGGGAUACGUGGAAGAGGCAGCGCCCGAGGACACCCCACCCGAAACCACACACAUCGUCUUUGUGGUGCAUGGCAUCGGCCAGAAGAUGGACCAAGGCCGCAUCAUCAGAAACACCAGCAUGAUGAGAGAUGCUGCCAGAAAGAUGGAGGAGAAGCACUUCUCUAAUCGCACCACAGAGCAUGUAGAGUUCCUUCCUGUUGAGUGGAGGUCAAAACUGGCUCUGGAUGGAGACACGGUGGACUCCAUCACCCCAGACAAAGUGCGAGGUCUCAGAGACAUGCUGAACAGCAGCGCCAUGGACAUCAUGUACUACACCAGCCCGCUGUACAGAGACGAGAUCACCAGGGGUUUGACUCUGGAGCUGAAUCGCCUGUACUUGCUCUUCUGCUCGCGAAAUCCAGACUUUGAGAAAAAUGGGAAGGUGUCCAUAGUAUCGCACUCUCUGGGCUGCGUCAUCACCUUUGACAUCAUGACAGGCUGGGACCCCGUCCGCUUUCAUCAUCAAGAAGCGCCAGACCCGGAGGAGACCAAGUACCGCUGGCCGAAUGAUGAGGAGCGCCACCUUCAGGAGCAGCUGAGACUCACACGACUCAGGUUGAGGGACUUGGAGGAGCAGUUCCAGGGUCUGCGGACCUCGUCUUGUGCUGUGCCAGCCUUGAAAUUCAAGGUAGAAAAUUUCUUCUGCAUGGGCUCUCCUCUGGCUGUGUUCCUGGCAUUGCGAGGGAUCCGGCCUGGAAACCAUGUUGUGCAGGACCACAUUCUCCCCACAUCUAUCUGCAAACGCCUCUUCAACAUAUUCCAUCCCACAGACCCUGUGGCGUACAGACUGGAGCCUCUUAUCUUAAAGCACUACAGUAACAUUGCACCUGUUCAAAUCCACUGGUACAACACCACCAGCCCAACACUGUAUGAUCAGAUCCGGCCCACGCUGCUUAACCCCCCGAAGGAGACCGCAUCCGUCUCAGACUCAGAGAGCAUCCCCAGCCCCUGCACCUCCCCGCCCCAGGCCCGACGCCACUACGGAGAGUCCAUCACCAACCUUGGCAAGGCCAGCAUCAUGGGUGCUGCCAGUCUUGGAAAGGGAAUCGGAGGAAUCCUGUUUUCCCGCUUUUCCCGCUCUAGUGGCCAGGUGGGCGGAGUGGAGGAGGAGCCAUCAUAUUCUGAGGGUGGAGUCUCUGAAGUUGAAAAUGUGGCAGCAGGAGAGGAAGGAGCAACGGUGGCAGAGAGCGAAGAGAAGGACAAAGAAAUAGAGGAGGAGAGGACAGAGGUGGAGCCCGUCAUGUCCCAGUCCACCUCAGCUGUCAUGGACAGCACCUCGUUGGAACUGGAGAGACGCAUCGACUUUGAGCUGCGGGAGGGCUUGGUGGAGAGCCGCUAUUGGUCAGCAGUGACCUCACACACAGCUUAUUGGUGCUCUUAUGAUGUGGCUCUCUUCCUCCUCACCUUCAUGUACAGACCACAAGAGCCUCUUGAACCUGCAGAAGACAACCCAGAGACCUCAUAACGUGCAAACUGACACAUGGAGCCGUCAGGGCUGGAGUCACUUUACUUUCUAUUCACGCCUUUUGAAAUAUAAACUGAAAGCCCAAUUUAUGGAACAUAAAAUGAAGAAUGAAGUCUCUUCCUCUUCAUUUUUUGUAAUUUCUAAAAUCAGAUAUAACAAUUCUCGGCUUGACAUCAUUUUUGAAAUGUGAAAUUUUAUUAUAAAUUAUUUAAUAUUAUAGGUUUUGGAAAUGUAAAAUAUUGGAAGACUAAUUCUUAUUUUAAAUUAUGUUUACUUAAAAUUUGAUCAAAUAAAAAUUAAUGCAACUUAAUUAUUUGUUAUUAUAAAUUGAUUUGAUUGGAAGAGGGUUUGAAAAACAAGACUAACAAUGUAAAGCCCUGCUAGCUGCCUGAAAGGCUGCAUGUUCAUUAAACCCCACAACACUACAGUGUUAUUUGCCACUAUAGUUUUAAUUCUAACGUUGGCUGUAAUACGUUUUCAAACUUCAGAAAACUGUAUUUCUUUAUUUUAUUUGCCAUACAUCAUGCAUCCACAAAUGGCAAAUUUAAAAUUGGCAGUCCUUGACUUCCAUAUACCGCUAGCAAUGCAAACUAAAAUAACAGUUACAAUUGAGUGUAUUGAAAAUGAAUUGACCCAACACGGACAGAAGCCCACACAAAUCCCUUACCUGUUUUACAAAUAACAUCUAAAUUCCUCCCAAUUUGCACACACUAACUUCAAUGUGACCUUUGCUACAGACUGAGCAGACAUACAGUGUACUGUGCCUGUCCUGUUUUCUGGUCUUCUCUCAACAACAACAACAACAACAACAACAACAACAACGACAGCUGUUUCCCCUGCAAAGCCCCCUGCUGUGUCCAGCUGUAUCAGUGACGUGCUUCUCAUGAUUACUUGUCUAAUCACAAAGCUCUGUUGGUCCUUCACUGUGGAUGUGUUGCUGAGACUGUAGCCAAAGAGAAAGCCACAGUGCUCGAUCCAAGUCCAACUUCGUGUUAAAAUAUGUUCAAUGAUUUCUCAUAAUCUCAUGCCUGAGAACGUAGAACCCCACAAAACCUGAAUACUUUACAGAUAAUCAGAAACAGUUAAAAGCAGCAUUUAAUGAUUGUGAGCACUGGAGGGCAGAAAGAGUUCAAAACAGACUCUUGCAACAGAGCCUCCAUAAACCAUCAGCUUGUCAUGUGGCUGUUAGCAGUGAACCUAACACUAACACACUCUACACAAGUGUGAGCAGCACUUUAGCAGAGCAGCAGCAGCUUCAGUUCUUCUCUGUGUCUAAACAGGAUGCAUUCAGGCACAGUAUUGAGUGUAGUUCACCUGCAUUUUGGCAGUGCUCAGAGCCCAUCACGCAUUCACUGUAGCUACACACGUAAAACUUAAGAUGCAUAGUUGAUACUUUCAGCGUGUCUGCACUUACAUGCACUGAAGUAACCAGGUUUCAGGCAGUUUUGUUUUCGAUAUUUUUUACAUUUUUGUUUUCAUAUAUGUCAUGUAAAAAACAACAAUCUGGUGUCUGUAAUUAGAGAAGGGAUCAGAGGAACCUGGUUUCUCCACCAUGUAUAGGCACAACUGGGUCUCUAAAUGUUUUCUACAUGAACAGUACACACGUGCAUGAGUUAGACUUCAGACAUGAAAGGUGUCGAUGUGAUAGCAGAGCAGCUGCAUGAAAGAAGAGAUCAUUACGAGCAGCAAUGCAUCUUGGGAUUUAAGAUAAAUCAAUUAAAAGUUUGAUUGUAACUGAAAUUAACGCAAAGGACUCUGCCCAGUGCAUCGGUUGUGUUUCAAACACACUUUUGGUAAAUACUUAGACACGUGGCAGGAUCAGAAAGAAUAGAUUAUCAUACAUUAUAGGUGGGCGUGUUAGAGUUUGUCAUUUAUAUUCUGCCAAGAGCAGGCGAAGUCCCUUUUUAUGUUCAACUAAUUUUUCUGGACAUGUUGAAGAGCCGACAGUCAUCAUGUUUUCUGCGCUUAACAGUGAAUACACUGUAAUACAGUUGUUUAAAUGUAACAUAAACAUAAGAGCCUUGAAAUAACUAACGUAAAAUCUUCUUUAAAUGCCAGCUCAUUGGGAUGGAGCUGCAUUACGUGCCUGCACCGACACCUGGUUACUCCAGUCUAUGUAGACAUUUCCCCUGGUUUCUCUGGUAACCCAGUUUCUUGAGUGCAUGUAAACAUACAGAGUUACACUCUAGGUUGUGGCUACAUGAGCAGUGCAGGACUACGUGGAAGGAAAAACACAGAAUUAGCACUAUAAGCUAUAGGACUAUUGUAGCAUUGCUACUGCAUGAGAAGUCCCUUUAAGAAGGGAUCACUUCAUGGCCAGUAUGCACAGAAGUUGUCCCUUCUGUGCAUACUGGCCAUACAGCGAAAAAAUCACAACCUCUCCUUUAAUACUGUAUUUAAGAAAUCCGGUAACGGAGAUUUAACUCUACUCUCAUAUCAGCCCAUGUGUUGUAUAGUCAUGUUUAUAUAGAAGUGUUGCUUCUGUGAGGAAUAAAGGACACAACACUUACAUUUAGCUGAUAAAAAAGGCCAAAUAUUUGUGAGUUGCCAACUGACUACUUAUCGUGUAGCUCGUACUCAGCACCAGAUUAUGGCAUGAUGUUAGGCACAAUACUACACUAAAAUAUCAUACUGCAUACUAAAGCAUCACCUAGUUUCAAAGAAUUUUGUAGUGUUUGUUAACACUAAAACGAGUUUGUGAAUACUGUGUGACCCAGGAUGGAUAUCCAUGAAAAAAGGUUACAUCUGAGAAUAUUUUUUCACGUUUAUUUAUUGAUCUUUAAGCAUUUUGAAUGUUUUUUAAGGAAGCUAAAUCACUCAAACAAAGCAUGAUAUGCAUUUGUGCCAUGUACAUAGAUUAUGCGCUCUCUUUUGACCGGCAUGUAGACCAACAUUUAGAACUUUCUGAUUCUACAAAGUGCAAGUUUUAAUCACUUAAAUGACAAAGUGGAAAACACUCAAAUCUGCCAUGACUGAAGCUUACAAUUUUAUAUUUUUUACCUUUAUGUUUAUUGCUUUGUUGUAAUACAUGUUUACAGUGCUGUUUUUCUUUUGGAUUUUCUCAUAUUUCAUGUAUGUAUAUGUAUUCUCUUUAGGAGACGCAAAUGAGGUAGAGCUUCUGGACACACAUUUUGGGACGACUGGCUGGCUCGUCACAGUGAGAUUAAAUGAUUUCUGCCUCCAGGAGUGCUUUGUGAUACUCUAAUUCAACUUCUUCCCCUCUGGCCACCAAAUGCACCCACAGUUGAGCCAACUUGUCGGAAGUAUUUUCUAAUAGUCAGCAAUUAGAAUAAAAGUGUAUCUCCAAAGCUUCAUUUUUUAUUUAACUCAAAACCAUGUUUCCUUUGAAUGUUCAUAUGCAACAGCUUUGCAUUAGCAGUUCAGUUCUGGGGAAACGUAAUGCCAUGUGGGUUUUCAUUGUUCCUGUAUGUCAUGUAUUUACUACCUACUUAUCUAAGUAGUAUUUUAAUAGUUUAUUCUUUUUGAUUAAUUAAAUAUCUAAUUAUUGUUAUAAUGGUGAUAGCCUAGUGGUCUGGUGGUACACCUUCUGAACCAUAAGCUUGUGAGUUCAAUACCAGUCUGCCACCAUUGUGCCCCUGAGCAAGGUACUUAACCCUGAGUUGCUCCAGGGAGACUGUUGCUGUAGAUAGUUGCUCUGGAUAAGAGUGUCUGCUAAUUGACCUGUAAUGUAAUAUUCCAUUAUUCAAAAAAUCUGGGUGAAAAUAAGAAUUCUUUUUAUGUGCACAUUUGCUUUCUAUUGUCCUUAAUGUCUAGGUGCCCAAACAUCCCAUUUACUGACGGGGUUGGGCAAUAUGAUGAUAUAUUUAUAGAUAAUAUAAAUGUGUUAACAUCAGAGGUUUUGCCGUAGUGAAGCUAUGUGUGUAUUAGGCCUGUGUGGGCAAUGAUUCCAAUCAAUGAGUAGGAUUAGGGAUUAGGGAAGAUUUUUGACCUACUUAAAAAUAGACAGUCCUGUCUGGAUAUUUUAUCCAUGAACUCUCUUUCUACAUCACCUACACCCGUUAAACAUAAACUUCAGCAUUUACUUUUGUAUGUGCGCAGACUUAACAUGCAGGUAAAUAGCCGCUUAAUGAUUACUUCUUUUUUCAAACGUGUGGGUAAUUUGACAACAAUGAGCCUGAAUGUAAGGUUAGGCAAGUAAUUCCACUAUGUAAAGGGUUAGUGCAAAAAUGAUGGAUAUAGUUAAAUAGUAAAAUGUUUUUUUCUAGUUUGUGAAAGUCAUUACUUUCGGCGUCGGCACUCCAAAAUGCCAUUACUAAUAUACAAAAUAAGUGGCAUAAAGAUUCUCCCUAAAGCUAAAUAAAUGAUGCAUAGUGUUGUUUAUGAGCUAUAUCCUAGAGACUAGGUUGCAUUAGGGUUAAUAUGUCUGCAGCAUCAGGUGGCAGCCUGGAACUAGAGAUUCACUGCUGGUGUUCGGUCGGUGGCUGGUGGAUAUUUCCCCUUCGGCUCCAAUGUCCCCCGAAUGCCAAACAGCUUACCAACCUUGUUAACGUCUUAGAAUUAAGUGGAUAUCCAUGUGGAGCACCUUAAGCCUCCCAUUACCUGUGCCAUAUGUAAGCAACCUGAAUACAUGAAGUCAGAGUCGUGUGCCCUCCUGAGCAGAGAGGUGGUGCUGUGAUGUGUGCUGCACCCAGCUGGAUCCUCUUUCAUUGCCUUGGACUGUGGCGAGAGGUCAUUUCCCUUCACUAUGUUGAGAAUUUCUCUAGAUAAAUAUUUGGAUAAGAAAAAAAAUAUAGAAUGAAGAUAUAGAAUGUGUUUGCCAACCAAGUGUAUUCUCCAAUCAGUGACUGUGAUUGGACGUGACAGUAUACAAGUAGUUUACAUUUUGUGUUGAAAUGAUUUUGUAAAGUGCCAUUUCUUUUCAAAUGUUAUGUUGCAGCUGAACGGUGUCAUGAAGUAACGCUUCCUUAAUUGACUGAAAGUAAAUUAAAUGAGUCCUACUUUGCAUACAAGGACACUCACUCUGUUGUCAUGUUCACACAGGAUUCACCCUUUCUACCCUCGUUGUACUUCUCAGAUGAUGCGGUGUUUUACCUUGAUGUUUCUUUGAAAUAAAGGAGACCUACCACC